GAGGAGGGGAAACCCUAAUUUCAGAGGAGAGACAGAGGGAUUCAUUCAUCAUCCCAAACAAACACACACACUUCCCGACAUCGCAGCACCAGCUGCAGACCCUUCCCCAUUCCAUUGCAGUGCUGAGCUGCGCUGUGUGCACCGCAGCCUCAAACCGCGUCUCGGGAGGGAUUUCGGAACCCAGUCUCUCUCUCUUUCUCUCGCUCUCUCACUCACUCUCCCACUCACUCACCCACGUCCUCACACGAACCCCUCGAACGAACCCUAGCGUCCUCCUCUUCCCAGCAUGGCAGACGGAAAUCCUCCCCCGUUGCGUUCCUUCGCCCAGGCGGCCCAGGCGGAGGUAGAAGUACAGCCUCUAAGGGUUGUGCAGAUUGAAGGCUUGGUUGCAUUGAAGAUCAUCAAGCACUGCAAGGAGUGCAUGCCGGCACUAGUGACGGGUCAGCUGCUUGGGCUUGAUAUUGGAAGCAUUCUUGAAGUCACUAACUGCUUUCCUUUCCCAAGCCGCGGUGGAGAGGAUGAAGACGAGUUAGAUACUGAUGGGGCUAAUUACCAACUGGAGAUGAUGCGCUGCCUGCGUGAAGUUAACGUUGACAACAACACUGUUGGCUGGUACCAAUCAACUUACAUGGGUUCGUUUCAAACUGUGGAGCUUAUUGAGACCUUUUUAAAUUAUCAGGAGAACAUCAAGCGAUGUGUCUGCAUAAUUUAUGAUCCUGUUCGUUCUGGCCAAGGGGUGUUGGCAUUGAAGGCUUUAAAGCUAUCCGAGGAUUUCAUGGAGCUCUAUCGCUCCCAAAGCCUCUCUGGAGAGAAGUUAAGGGAGAAGAAUAUGGCCUGGACCCACAUUUUCGAGGAAAUUCCUGUGAAGAUUUCAAAUUCUGCUCUCGUGAGUUCCUUGAUGACUGAGCUAGAACCUGAGGCCCCGGCUACUCAAUGCGACUUUGACAGACUUGUCUUGUCCACAAACCCUUUUAUGGAAAAGAAUUUGGAAUUCCUAAUUGAGUGCAUGGACGAUCUUUCUAUGGAACAGCAAAAGUUUCAAUAUUAUUAUCGUAAUCUGUCAAGACAGCAAGCACAGCAACAAGCCUGGCUGCAAAAGAGAAGAACCGAAAACGCUGCCCGAAGAGCGUCUGGUGAAGAGCCACUCCCAGAAGAAGAACCCAACAAUCCUGUUUUCAAGAUCUUACCCGAGCCUUCACGGCUUGACAGCUACUUGAUCACGAACCAGAUUUCCAACUACUGCAGUCAAGUGAAUGGGUUUGCUGGACAGAGUCUCAGUAAAUUGUAUCUGAUGGACGCCUUUCAUGAAGAUUAGGUUAUGUAGUACUAUUGCCAGUUAAAAAUCUCUUUCAUUUCUAGUCAGGCUACGUUGGGUGAAAAUGAAAGUAGACAUUAGAAUUGUAAGCUCAGAAAAGGCUUCGGCAGGGUUGAUUGUUGUUCAUUAAUAUGUUAUUAUGCAAAAGUGAGCAUCUAAUCACCUCAACUUUCUGCGUCAUUUUUUGAUAGAGAAGUUGUUCUGUAUUAAUCUAUGGUUUCGACGUUACGUGAAUUCCCUGAGUUGAUCGUUUAUUUGAUGGAAAAGCUUGAGAUUCUCCAGUUCCCUGUGCUGGCUCUUUGUGUCCAGAAUAUGACCAUGUAUUAAAUAAACGACGACAUGUUUCA